ACUACUGAGUCCAACGGGCACAACAAUACACAAGAGCCCGAUUAUUUCUCGACCGAUCUUGAUUUUGACACUGCGUACAUGCUAAUGACAAAUGAACUUGAUGCGGGCACUCCUUCUAGCGCCGGGUUAUCUGGCGUGAACAAACUCUCCGCCGGCUCGCAAACCACGUCUGGGUCCAUUCCUGCAGACCACUCGACAACCGUCCCACAGACGCCGCCGAUGACAAACGUCGUGUCUACGGGGCUGUCGCCCUUUUAUAGAUCACCGAAACUAGUCCAGGAACAACUUUCGCGACCCUUAACCCCGGACAACAACAAACUUCUUCAUGACAAAAACAGCUUUCUUGCCCGUCGAGUCCUGCUCAGGCCACUUCGCCUGUGUCGCCUAACACAAGGAAUUUGCUGA